CGGAAGUACACGGAGAAGUAUCAUCUAGUUUUUUUUUCUCUCUCUCCUCUCCUCCCUUCACAAAAGGACGGCGAAAGGGAAAGAUAUUUUAAGAAUGAAGAGAAGAACAACAGAUAAAAAGUACUAGGGAAGUUUAUCUAGAAGUUAGAGAGAAAAAACAAGAGACAAGUCACAUUUUUUCUCUUUAUUUUUAUCCUGUUUCUCGUCUGACAUUUUCUGAAGAAGGAAUUGUUGCUCAGGAUGGAGCAGCUUAGCAAGGCCAAUGCAUGUGACACAACCUCAGGCACCAUGUCACCUCUCUGUGUCACAAGUACAAGUGCCAGUCUGGAGGGAUCUCAUGUCACUUCGACUGUUCCUGACCAUACCUUGUGCAGUGAGGAUGACAGCGAAGAGCAGUUGCGGGAAGAUCCUGAAUUUCUGCACUUAUUUUCACCUACUAUUCCCCGCAAGCUUCCUGCACAUAAGUUUUCUCUCACCCCAAAGCCUAAAGAUGUGCUAAUAAAAGAACGUGAAUCAGAAGUGGAGGAUGAAAUAAAGAUAGAUUUAACGACGCCACAUACAUCAAUCAACAUUGCUCUUGAUUGUCCUGGGCGCCCAGCAAAAGGACGGAAGUUGUCAAUCACUUCAUUGGGUGAAAAAUCAUGCAGGCAUCUCUUCACCAAAAACAUGAUAGCUAGUGAUAUAUCAGAGAAAAUCGAAGAUGCAGACUCCAAAAAUGUUACUACAAGAGCUAAGGAAGAAGAGCACGAGGAAGAAGGGUUGCAUGUCAAAAAAUUAUUACGAGAAAGUGAUUUGAAUGCCCCGGUAGAAAAGGGUUACAUAUUGGAGCAUGGUAUGGAUUGCUCACCAGAACGGCAGGCUCAGUUGAUAAAGCAUAUGUCCUUAAACAGCCCAUUAGGUGACAAUAUACCUACUGCAAUCACACCCAUUGGUUCCCCUCAUUUGGGUCUCUGGUCGUCAUCUGUAUCAAGUUGCUCUGGGUGUUCCUCCUGUGUUUCCUCAGAAUUGGAUUCUCCAGUGCUACUUCAGGUCAAGGCAGCCAGUCAGACCAUAGAGUCCAGUGGAGAAGAUUUUGAUGUGGACUUGCCACUGACACAAGAGGCAUUAUGCAAUAUGCCAUAUACCAGCUCUCCUGCCAGAGAGUCAAGUGAUGAGACAGAAGUAGAAAAACACCAACAAGAAGAGGAGACAGAGACUGAAGAGGAAAAGGAUGUAAAAAGUUUUAUUGAGACAAAUAGCCCAAAGGCAGAGGGCAGUAGUCUUCCCAUUCCAAUACCAUCAAUUAACUUGAAUACAGGCACACACAAGUUCUUGAGCCCAGCAAAGGACCAUGGUUCUCUUGGUGAUCAGUUUAAGGUCACAAAGCUAGAGACCAACAUCACAGUCUCAAGUUUUGGUAGCACCUCUAGCAAUUGGACUGCAAUCAGUGGGAUCAGUCCACUCCCCUCAAGCCUUACGAAUCUCCAUCAUCACCAUCACCACCACCACCAUCAUCAUCAUCAUAAACAUCACCACCACCACCACCACCGUCACCACCAUCAGCAUCCUAGUAACCUCAAUCAUCAGCAGUUGGAUGAAAAACAAGAUGUACUUAUCACAAGUACUCCAAUAAACAAGAAUAUAAAGUUAGAUGUAAUGGAUUUAUCUGCUGUAACAACAAACCCUGAUCAAGAAGGGUCUCUUCAGCUGAUACCCAGAGAAUCCCGGUUUGUCCACUCCUCAGAACUGAAGUACAUAGAUACAUUUAAUUCACAAGGAAGCAUAAUGGAGAUGGAGUUAGCAGGGGAAGACAGAGGACUCUCACAGCCAUCAGGAACACCACUGUCAGGAAGUGACAAGGAGAACAUACCACCCAGCAGUGCCUUGUGCUUAUUCAGCCACUCUGGACCAGAUCCCAGUACCAUUGAAGAUGAAAAUAAGCAGACAGACUUCAGUGAAAAUUGUCUGGAAUGUGCGCUUCCUGGAGAUAAUAUGGAUAGCAUUCCAAACAGGUUAUUUCUUGACAGUCCAAUUUUAGGGAAGGAUAUGUUAAAGAGAAUGUUGGAGGAUUCCAUCACCCCCAACAGAAGGAAACGUAGGAAGCCCAUUAUCCGACGUCUGACUGAGGAAGAGGCUAAUGCUCUUAUUGCUGCUCCUGAGACAAUGCCAGAUCAUGUCUGGGAAGACCUGCCACUUAUUCGUCGAGCUUCAUCUGUAGAUGAGAGCCUCUUCCGUUCUGUGAUGAUUGAUGGACCUUUAUCUACUACACUUGAAUAAAGAAACAUGGUAACAGGAAAACCUUAUAUGUGAUAGUACUUAUUAUUUGUGAUGUACCUUUUUUUUUUUUAUUAUUUUUUUUUUUAUUCAAGGUUUUUUCUAGUUCUAAAAUGUGAAGUAUCAUUAUUUCAUUUUUUAAAGGUUAGCUUGUAUUGCUUAACUGAAAGUAUUAUUUUCAGUAAGUUGGCAAAUGUAACUGCAUGAAUGCGAACUUGGUUUUGUUAAAGCUUUUCUAGAAAAAAAUAUUAAUUCUAAACUUGUUUAUUACCUCUAGAGAUUUUAUGUAUUAUUGAUUUGAAAGGUCUACACUAUCUAAAUUUACUAGGAUCACAAUAUCUUUUAUAGAGAACUUUAUGUUUUAUGGUUAAAUAAUCAAAACUUGGUUAGGCUUUCAAAGUUAAAUGUACCCAAGUUCAAAGUAAGGAAAUGAACUGUAUUUUUUUUUUUUUUUUUUUCCUUAUUGAAAGAGUUUAUAAUUCAGAAUAUACAUUUUAACCUUCCAUAUUUCUUUUUUCACUAAACAUGGAUAUUGAUUUCCUAUAAAUAAAGAUAUUUAUUUUUACAACAAAUUUUUGUAAUAUUUUUUGCAUUAAGGGAAUUACUCAGCUUUUGUGUUUAUAUUUUCCCAAUGGUAUAUGGAAUUCAAAGAAUUAUGGUUUUUCUUUUCCAAGUAAAUUAUUUUGCUGAAGUUCCAGCAUUUCAUUUCACUAAUCAGUAUGAAAUAUUCCUCUUCCUGUUCUGUUAAUUACCAGUGAGUGCCAGUGUUAAGUAAUCCUUUGGUUUGCUAAUGUUAUUGUAUUUGCAAAAUAAAAUGUAUUUGAUGUGA